AACGCCUGCGCUUCCUAAGAGUAACUAAGGAGGUUCCCAAUGGCCCGGAAAAAAAGGACUUGGGGGGCGUAGCUGGGGCAAACACCGAGAUGGGGUGUGAGGGGGGCAAGGGGAUGGAGGUAAGGGACAGAGGACAGACGUGCAAGGGUCCUGGAGAGCCACCACACAGUUACGGCAAGAGCAACCCCUAGUGGUCAGGAAGGGGAAUCGUGGGGACUCGCUCGAGGCGAGCUAAUCCUUUCAGGAGACGAAGUGAAGCCAAAAUCCCGGCAGAGCCCAAGCCGAGUGCACCACCUGAGACUCAACGCAGGAAAGGAUGGGAAUCCCGCUCUCAGUCCUAGAUUCUCGGCGGACGAACCCCCACGCACGUUUGAGGGGGUUUCUCUGGUACCCAAGGAGCCUGGUUGCUAGGAGACCACGCUUACGAAGACUUGCCCGCUACCAAGAUGGCAAGCAAUCGCGCUUCAAGCCAGAAACCAAGCCCUUCCUGGGGGACCAUUUUGAAGUCUGGCAAGCUCAUGAUUCCGGACCGAAGUUGAGAGAUGCAGUCAUGGAGUACCAGCAGAGACGUAAACGGAGAAUACCAGUUAGGGCACAGGGGGGAUAGGUCGCCUGUGCCUGUCACUGCCGAGACGCUGUCAGAGAGGAAGCCGCUCCUCUGCCCUUAACAGAAAUGGCCGCCCAAGGAGGCUGCUUUGUCGCGCCGUGAAUUAUGGCAGCACUUCCGGCCCCUCUGCCCUCAGCAAAGAUGGCGGCAGUGGAGAAGCGGCGGCCGGCAGUAGCGCCAGCGGCCAAUUUCGCGGACAGCGGCCGGUCGUCGGCGUCUCAGGCGGCGGCGGCGGCUGAGAGCGAGGAGGAUUUCCUGCGGCAGGUCGGCGUGACAGAGAUGCUGCGCGCGGCCCUACUGAAGGUGCUGGAGACGCGGCCCGAGGAGCCCAUCGCCUUCUUGGCGCACUACUUCGAGAACAUGGGCCUGCGCUCGCCAGCCAACGGCGGCGCCGGGGAGCCCCCAGGCCAGCUCCUCCUGCAGCAGCAGCGCCUGGGCCGCGCGCUGUGGCACCUUCGCCUGGCUCACCACUCGCAGAGGACCGCCUUCAACAACAACGUGAGCGUGGCCUACGAGUGUCUGAGCGCCAGCGGCCGCAAAAAGAAGCCUGGGCUGGACGGGCGCACGUACAGCGAGCUGCUGAAGCGCGUGUGCAGGGACGGCGGGGCCCCCGAGGAGGUGGUGGCACCGCUCCUGCGCAAGAUCCAGUGCCGGGACCACGAGGCUGUGCCGCUGGGCAUCUUCCGGGCCGGCAUGCUGUCAUGCUUUGUGCUGCUGGAGUUUGUGGCGCGCGCCGGCGCCCUCUUCCAGCUGCUGGAGGACCCGGGCCUGGCGGUGGCCGAUCGGCGUGUGGGCCAGGCCGUGCUGGACACGCUGGAGGGCGCGCUGGGCACGGGAGACCUGGCGGCGGCGCCUACACACUACCUAGAGGCUGGUUCCCGCUUGGGCCCCGACAAUCUGGCACGUGCCCUGGACAGGGCGGCGGCUGGACGGCGGCCCAGCGCACCCAUGUCCCGAGAGGAGUUCCUGGAGAAGGCUGCCGCCCUCUUCAUCGCCAAGGUCAAGCCGGUGGGCUGAGUCCAGGCCGCACGCACACCCUGCCACCUCCCCGGGAAGGCGUGGGCUUGGGAUCUGCAAACCGGUGUCCAGACAACCUGCACAGGGCCCUCACCCAGGGAGGGGUCCUGGGUGGACCCUGCAGGACCAGCACCUUCAGCUCAGUCCCCUCUGUACUGGCCUGUCUUCCCUACUCACAGAAAUAAAAUCUGCAAAGACCCA